AUGGCUGCCAGCAAGCGCUCUGUGGAGAGUGCUGACACUAAACCGUCUAAAAGGGUGAAGACGUCCAGAGAAACCACCAAGACAAGCAGAGCUUCGUCUGGGCAGCCAAAAUCUCUCGAUCAGGGCUUCACUGCAUUUGACGAUUCAAAGAAUACAGGGGCGGCAAAUUCAGCGGUGAAUGCAAGGAAGAACCGGAACGAAAAGGACCGUCCAUCGGUGCAUCAGUCUUUCAAGAAACCAGAACCAUAUCUGAACAACCAAUCCUCUCGCGAAGCCCAUGCGAAGCAAAAAGCCCUGACACAAGACCGCCGAGCUGCGAAACCCAAUGCCGACUCGAUAGCCCGCUCAAAGAAGAUUUGGGAACGUCUGAGGCGGAAAUCCCAUGUUCCCAAGCAAGAGCGCGAUGAAUUAGUGACAGAGCUCUUCCAGAUCAUAUCUGGGCGGGUGAAGGAUUUUGUUUUCAAACAUGACUCUGUGCGAGUGAUUCAGUGUGCUCUCAAAUAUGCCACGCCGGAACAGAGAAAGCAGAUCACGGCUGAGCUGAAGGGCAGCUACCGCGAAUUGGCCGAGUCCAAGUAUGCCAAGUUCCUGAUCGCCAAGAUGGUCGCGGGUGACGAUGAGAGCCGGGAUGCUGUGGUAGAAGAGUUUUACGGCCAUGUGAAGCGAUUGAUUCGGCACCCCGAGGCUAGUUGGAUUGUGGAUGAUAUCUACCGAACCAUUGCAACCAAGGAACAAAAGGCCAUCCUCCUGCGAGAGUGGUAUGGUCCCGAAUUCGUCGUCUUUGGCAAGUCCCAGAAGAGCACCAUGACUAGUUCAGGCGACGGACCAGUUACGCCUGACCUUUCUGACAUCCUCGCACAACAUCCCGAGAAGCGAGGACCGAUCAUGUCCCACCUUCACGAAAUGACCAAUCAACUCGUCCAGAAGAAAACGACCGGCUUCACUAUCCUCCAUGAUGCUUUACUGCAAUACUUUCUGAACUGUAAGCCAGGCAGUCCAGAGAUUGCCGAGUUUCUUUCCAUGCUCCACGACGAUGAGGAAGGGGACCUCCAAAAGAAUCUUGCCUUUACAAAGUCCGGGUCUCGCUUGCUUUGCCUUUGCUUGGCUCAUGGAAGUUCCAAGGACAGGAGAGGGAUAAUGAAGUUCUUCAAGACGCACAUUAAGCUCCUGGCUGGUGAUCAGUACGGGCAUAAAGUGCUAUUGACGGCGUAUGAUGUGAUUGACGACACCGUAAUGACAUCGAAGACCAUCUUCCCCGAACUUCUGUGCAAGGACCUGGAGGCAGGACCGAGGGAAGAAGAAUUGCUGGCUCAAGUCGAGCAUCUUACAGCACGGAUCCCGCUCCUUUAUCUCAUGUCACCAGAUGCACCGAAGUGGCUCAUCACGGAGGAUACGGCCGCGCUCAUUUCGGAAGUCCGUGAGAUCAGGAAAGAGACGUCCAAAAAGGAUCCAGCGAAGCGUCGGUUGGAACUACUCGAAAACAUUGCGCAGCCAUUGCUCGAUCUCAUCCAGAGCCAGGUGCAAUAUCUGGCACAGUCAAGUUUCGGCUGUCAGUUCAUCACGGAAACAAUAUUCGGCUGCGCUGGGGUCGGCGAUACUGAAGGUGCAUUGACUGCCCUCGCCAAUCUGGCUACGGAUCGGCCUGAAGACGCCGAGAAAAAGGGGGAGGUAGAAAGGAUCAUUUCUACACCAAUAGUGGGCCGAAUGAUCAAAGCUUUAGUGCAGGGCGGACGGUUCGACAAGGCCACGAAGUCGAUCAAGCUUGUUGAGCCUUCCUUGAAAUUUCACCAGACACUAUACUCCAAGAUCAAAGCCACUGGUAGCGAUGCAGAGAUCGUGAAUUGGACGAAUGGGCCAAACAGCUUUGUCGUGGUCGCGAUGUUAGAAGCUGAAGACUUCGAGGCCAGGGAGGAGCUGCUGAAUGUGUUGAAGAAGAAUGCUGGUAAUUUGAACAAGGACAACAAAGGCGCAGCGAUCGUUCUGGAAAAGCUAGGCGGCAACACCCGCACAGAAGGGGAGGAGGAGAAGCGACGGGCAGACCAAGCGGACGAAGGGGAUGACGGAACCACGACCAAGCAGAAGGACAAAGGAAGAAAGGGCAAGCAAAGGAAACCCUAG